AUGGCCAGCGACAUACGAGAAAGGCUACUUUCCGCUGAGCAGCAGCUCCUCAACGCGGUCACAAGCGGCGGGACCUCCUUACUUGACUUCCACGUUACAUGGGAUGCGCUCUCGGUCGACGUUGAGCGAGCCGUCGAAAGCAACUCGCUCGACGAACAAAUGAGGUCCAUCGCGAAUAGUGUCACAUCUCGGGUGUCAAUACUCGUCGAACAUUUCCUUAAACUCAACUCCUCAUCAUCAUCUUUCCAAUCCUCAUUUCUGGAUACCGUGGAGCACAUAUUGAACAGCACGGACAUCAUACCCAACGAUAAGGAUGAAUCGUCAUCGGACUUCGAACCUGAAAUCUGCGCGACAAUGUCCUACGUCGAACCUGCUUAUCAAUGGCUUAUCGCCAAUAUCCACAAUCCCUACCCUUCUACAGCAGAGAAGAUCCGUCUCGCUCGCAAAAGCGGAGUCACAGUCGAGGUCAUAUCAGAUUGGUUUUCCAGAGCGCGGCGGCGCAUGGGUUGGACCAACAUCUGCGCCACCUAUUUCAACAACUGCAAAAGUGAUAUGAUCGAUGCCGCUCGCCGAGCUUACGUUGACGAUUUAGAACAACCUCAUAAACCCCUACCUCAAGAAUUGGCAAUGGUAUUCGUACAGCUUCGUAGCCGGGCCCUUGAGUUAUACUCGGGCAAGUACAGAGCGAGUGAAUUGGUGAAGAGACUCCAGCCUGUUGUUCAGUCGGUCGACAAAGUUGGACACAGAACUUCCAGACGCCGGCGAAAGGGCAAGAACUCAAUAUGCACAUUGUCCUCAGGAAUUUUGCCCGAAAAUCCUGCGGCUUCGUAUCCAUCGCCACCCUCAUCUUCUCCCGCGGACCAGUCUACGACAGAGUCGGAGGACAUCUCUCAAUGCGGACAGAAGCGUCGGCGCUUGUCUCCACCGUCUGGCCCGCCCGCAAAACGCCACAGAUCCGUCGAUGUGACAGCAGACCCUGCUCAUCCUCUGCAGUUACCUUCUCCAUUGGCGAGCCCGAAGGUCACAGCUGAGGAUGUCCCCGCUACGCAAAUGCGCAGAAAGCGUCGACUCUCUACAUCCGCCUCGGAAGGUCUCCCUAAGCGACCCCGGGGCGCCCCAAAAACUUCCCGAUUGCAAGUCGUGUCGGACCCAUUCCCUGCACAUAGUGCGGAUGUCCAUAACGAGGAUCCUUCCUACGAUCUCUUCGGCGGUUUCUUUACCUCGAAGUUCUCGAACAUACAUGUGGUACCCGAAAUUACCACCCCGAUGGACGGUGCAGACCACAAUGUAGACGUAGGAUGGCUGCCUUCAAAUGGCUCUUCUCACCCGUCACCCCCUCUCGUGUCGCUCCUUGCUCCCCUUUCUCACUUGGAGCUGCCGGACGGUGAAUUCUUUCACAACGCGAAUCCCGCAAUCUUCGACCCAUCCCAGUCCUUAUUCGGCGCCGGCUAUAACGACUAUUCAACCCUGUCAGGCAACCAGGAUGCGUUCAAUUUCGACCCGUUGCCGAAUUAUAAGGACUUUUCUGUCGACGUGUCCCGGUUGUCUUACCCCUCUUCGCACCAGAACGCAACGUAUUCGAAUCUUCUCGAUUUGUCUCCAUCCUCGGAACAGGUGCUCUCCAUCGCCUCCUGUCUCUCAUCUGGACCCGUCCGCGAGCAAAACCAAAGUUUCCUUGCCCUUCUCGCCGAACCAGAUUCCGGCACAUCCGCAGCUUGCCUCCCUUUGACCGACCUUGAGGCCAUGGAGGCCCCCUCAUCUGUUUCAGCGGACACAAUUCCUAUUGACGCGGCGGGUUGCGACUUCGCAUCGCACGAUAUCGACUUUGGGACCAUGUUGAAUCCAACUAGCCCGGACGCCGAUGAUCUUUCACUUGGAAUCCCAGGCGAGCGUGCCGUCCAGUUCAUGUGAUCCCACAACGCCACUUUCCCCAUUUUACUCAAAUUAUACUUCAUUCAUGCUAUCUCUCCG